AUGGCUCUCAACUCAAGGGAGAAGGAGAGCGGCAAUGAGUCGCCUGUGUCCUACGAUGACCCUGAGCGCUCCAACGGCGUUGUCGCAGACGAUGUCCAGCUGGUUUGUCCGUCCAGUACGACUGAUACCAAGCUCAUGGCCAGGAUUGAUUUCCAUGUCAUUCCUUUUCUGUGUAUCAUGUACUUGCUCGCCUUUUUAGACCGUGUCAAUAUUGCCAAUGCCGACGUCUUUGGUCUUUCCGAAGAGCUCGGUCUCGAAAAGACUGAAUACAAUACCGCCCUCGUCGUCUUCUUCGUGCCAUACAUUCUCUUCGAGAUCCCCUCCAACAUUCUCCUCAAGCGUUUCCAGCCCCAUGUCUGGCUGAGUCUCAACAUGUUUCUCUUCGGCCUCACCACGCUCCUUCAAGGCCUGGUUCAGAACUAUAGCGGCUUGAUCGCCACUCGUUUCUUCUUGGGUCUUUUUGAGACGGGCAUGUUCCCUGGUGCCUUCUACCUCAUCGGCAUGUGGUACCGCCGACACGAAGCCCAGCGCCGUUACUCCUUCUUCUUCAACAGCACGACUCUCGCCGGCGCAUUUGGUGGUCUUCUCGCGGCUGCCAUUGGCAAGAUGAGUGGUCUUCGCGGCUACGCUGGUUGGCGCUGGAUCUUCAUCAUUGAGGGUGGUCUCACCGUUCUCGUCAGCUUCUUCUUCUACUUCCUGCUGCCCGGUUUCCCCGAGCAGGCCAAGUGGCUUACUCCUGAAGAGAAGGAGUACGUCACUGCCAGACUGCAAGUCGAUCAGGGCCACGCCGGCGCCGAGCGCAAGACGACUUUCUCCGACGCCCUCAACGUGCUCAAGGACUACAAGAUCAUCAUUGGCGGCUUCAUGUACUUUGGUCUCAUUGUGCCUGCUUACGGAUAUGCUUACUUCGCGCCUGGUAUUAUCAAGACCUACGGAUACAGCCCUAUCCAGACCCAGCUUUACAGCGUUCCUCCAUGGGCUGCUGCUUUCGCGUUCUCGCUCUGCGUCGCCUUUGCAUCAGACAAGCUUCGCCACAGAGCGUCCUUUGCCAUCUUCGCUAUUCUUGUCGCCAUUGCUGGUUUCGCUACUCUCAUCUGCGUCCACGAUAACCACAAAGUUCAAUAUGGUGCUCUGUUCCUCGUAACGAUGGGCGCAUACACUGCUAUGCCCAUUAUCGUGUGCUGGUUCAACAUGAACCUCGGAGGCCACAGACGACGAAGCAUCGGUAGCGCAUGGCAGGUUGGCUUUGGAAAUAUCGGUGGUAUCAUCGCCGUGUAUUCUUUCUUGCAAAAGGAUGCGCCCAAGUUCAUCCGUGGCUACUCCAUCUGUAUUGCCUUUACGAUUCUGUCUAUUAUCGCGUGUAUCUCAUACGGCGCUGUGUGCUUGUAUGAGAACACAAAGAGGGCUGCGAACCCCCCUGAGCGGGAGCUCACUAAUGACGAGAAGGCCGAGCUGGGCGAUAAUGCGCCUACGUACAGAUAUCUGUUGUAA